AUGGACCAGUACUUCAAUGGCGACAUGCACCACACACACAAGGUGUUCAGCGGUGGCCAGCACAACUACAAGCAAGGCCUGCGGAUUGAGCAGCGCACGUUUGUCGACUUGCGCAUGGUCAAGUUGCACACGGGCGACGGGGGAAACGGCAGUGUUUCCUUUCUUCGCGAUGCCCAUCGGCCCGUGGGCCCACCGGACGGAGGAGACGGCGGGGACGGCGGCAACAUCUAUGUCCAGGUGAAAAGCAACAUCAGUCUGUUGCACAAAGUUAAGCGGACGUACGUAGCUGGAAGCGGAAAGGCCGGGGCCUCGAGCCAGUUGGACGGCAAGCGCGGCGACGACAUUAUACUCGAGAUUCCCGUGGGCACGACCAUGCGCUGGAUUCCGGACCCGUUGCUUGUGCGGGACCAGCUCCGCGAGCUGGAGGGCGACAUUUCCAAGGUGAUGAUGGGCAUGAAGACGUCGCGCAACAUGGACAUCCAGCUUUUUAAAGACGACUACAAGCCCGGAGAGGGCUGGAUCUUCAAAGACAAGGACGAGGAGUACCACCAGGAACGGGAGUACUUCACCGAGUUGAACGAGCAGGUCAAAGAAUACGACCGCGAGAUCAUAGCGGGCGAGCUCAUUUUCGACCGUUUCCCCAUGGCUGGCAUUGAUUUCGACAAGCCCGACGACAAGCCGUUUCUCAUAGUCAAGGGCGGCAAGGGCGGCAUGGGCAACAUGCACUUCCUCACGCCCAACGUGCGCAACCCGCGGUUCAGCAAAAGAGGCCGUUUGGGCGUGUGCGAGCAUUUUCUUCUCGAGCUCAAAUUGAUUGCCGAUCUCGGGCUCGUGGGGUUGCCGAAUGCAGGCAAGCUGACGCUCCUCCGGGCAAUAUCCCAGGCCCGGCCACGGGUGGGCCACUGGGAGUUCACGACUCUUCAGCCUACGAUUGGCACCAUCUUCACGCGCAUCGACCAGGACCCGUUCACGGUGGCCGACAUUCCGGGCAUCAUCAAGGGCGCGUCGCAGAACAGGGGCAUGGGCAUGGAUUUCUUGCGCCACAUCGAGCGCAGUGGCGGGCUUGUUUUCGUGGUGUCUUUGGAAAGCAAGGACCCGGUGGCGGAUUUGCAGUUGCUAAUCGACGAGAUCGGGCCGCGCAGAAUGAAGGACAAGCAGGUGAUGGUGAUAGCUACGAAGGCCGACUUGGUGAAGCACGCCACAGGCUACAAGGCGUUGCUUCUGUUUAUCCAGAGCAACGCGGGCGGAUGGAAAUGCAUCCCGGUAUGUGCGCCCAAAGGGGAGAACAUCAACGAGUGUAUUCACAUGAUGGGGGAAGUCGCCCGGAUCGGCAAGGCCGAGAAGGCAUUGAAAAAAAGCUAA